GCCAGACACACAGAUACACAUGUGCAUGAGUAUAUGAGUAUAUCCCCACACAUCCCAACGAAGCUCGGAGACGAAGGCGUUUUGGUUUCGGUUCGGGCAAUUAGCCCAAUGGACAAUAAACGUUACCGUGACGCAGGUGGGGCGAAGUCGGCCUCUCUCUCAAAAAGGUGAGCAUAUACAUAUAUACAGAUAUAUGCGCUGGGGGUAUGGGUGCUUUCUACAGAUCGCGCAGCAUUGGGCAUUCGACGGCCAGACAAGUCUGCCUCGCUCCAUUACUCAUACGCCGUGUGGCCGCAGAGGAGGAGGAGUAGAAGGAGGAAGAUCGGAGGAUUCGGAGCCAGUGGCGGAUGAGGAUAACCGGGUGCCCCAGUUCACAGAGUGCAAGCGCAAUGUUGUUGUUAGGAGAGAUUCUUAUCUGCCGAAAAUUCCCAAGACUCCAGUCCAGAGUUUGGGCAUACUUUUGGGGGCCAUCAGCUCUUCACUGAUUACUCCUACUGCUGAUGGCAAUCAAAUCACCCUGUAUUCUUCCAUGAUAAUGAUAUCAAUCAAUUUACUGGCAUAG